AUGGCAGAUUUCAACCUCACUCUCUCUGACCCUUCAUCAUUCAUCCUAAUGGGCACCCCUGGCUUAGAAGCUGCCCAUCUCUGGAUUUCCAUCCCUUUCUUUGCAUUCUACAUUAUCAGCCUGUUGGGAAAUUUCAUGGUUCUGUUUGUUGUAGGGAAAGAGCAGACCCUGCACAAGCCAAUGUACUUGCUACUCUGCAUGCUGGCGCUCACAGAUAUCGGCAUAUCUACCUCCGUCAUGACGAAGGCACUGUGUAUAUUUUGGUUCAAUUUGAAAGGCAUUACUGUGGGUGGCUGCCUUACCCAGAUGUUUUUCCUCCACAUGGUUUCUAUGUUGCACUCAGCUGUACUCGUGACAAUGGCCUUUGAUCGCUAUGUUGCCAUAUGCAACCCUCUGAGAUAUGCCACCAUCCUCACCAAUGCACGAAUAGCUAAGCUAGGGCUCGUGGGUUUGAUAAGAGCUGUUCUCUUCCUUCUGCCCCUGCCCCUACUUCUGAGUAGGCAGCCAUUCUGUGGCAACCACAUUAUCCCUCACACAUACUGUGAGCACAUAGCUGUGGUGAAGAUAUCGUGUGGGGACACCACUGUCAACAGGGCAUACAGCUUGGUGAUGUUGUUUGUAGUCAUUGGGUUAGAUCUGACACUGGUUACCCUAUCCUAUGGUCUGAUUAUCAGGGUUGUCCUCAGAAUCUCCUCCAAGAAAGCCUACCAGAAAGCCCUCAACACCUGCACAGCCCACAUCUGUGUGAUGAUGAUGUCUUUUACUCUCUUCUUUAUCUCCAUUCUGACAAAUUGGUUCGGUCAGCAAAUCACUCCCCAUGUUCACAUCAUCUUGGCCAACCUCUUCUUCCUCAUCCCCCCCAUGAUUAACCCGAUCAUUUAUGGGAUCAAAACCAAAGAGCUUCGUGACAAAGUGGUCAAAUACACCUCCAGAAGGUGA